GUGAGGUCCUCCCCUCUGAGCCGUCCGUCCCUGGGCUUUGCUGUGACCUGGAGACUGCUGUCUGUGUGGGGAGGAGGGAGUGAGGGAGUGAGUGAGUUCACACUUGGCUUUUAAAGAGGCUGCAACAUGCAGGAUCAGCCCCGCCUGCUGUUCUCCCAGGCCGGGGGCAGUGUACCUGGGCUCCCCCCACACCUGCAGGACACAGAGGCUGAGGGCAGAAAGCAGGACAUUGGAGACAUCCUUCAGCACAUCAUGACCAUCACUGACCAGAGUCUCGAUGAAGCCCAGGCCAGGAAACACGCUCUGAACUGCCACAGGAUGAAGCCAGCCCUCUUCAGUGUCCUGUGUGAGAUCAAGGAGAAAACUGGUGAGUAA